AUGGAUACACAUACAAUAUCAAGUCUAAGGGGUGAAUGUUGUUGACUGCCAGUAAUCCGUGAGGCCCAAAGUAAGCCCCUACAAGGCAUUAGUGAUGGAAUGCAGCAGUGGUUUCCAAUCCUACAGCACCAGUCACAACCACCAGCCAGCUGCCAGGGCAGCCACUGCUGCAGAGAUCAUGGUUUCAGUAAAGGCAGAGGCAAUGAAAGAUUAGUUCAAAUCUGCAGCAGCUACUGUUAA